AUGGUGCCCCUCAGCCUGGACGCGCUCCGGUGGGAGGCCGAGGCGGAGAUGCGACGCAAGGCGCCGAGGGAGAUCGACGGCGCGGACGUCGCGAAGAAGCGGCGGAAGACCGCGGCGGACGGCGACGGGGGCGACGACGACGCGAAUAACGACCACGACCCAGGAUCCAUCGAGCUCGACGUCUCGCUCGAGCGAUACGAGUACGCCGCGCCGGCGGUCAUCCUGUCCGGAAACGGCGGCGCGUGCGGGUUCGCGAUCACGUGCCAGUUCAUGCGCGAGAAGAGCGCGACGAAAGAGGCGAUGGCGCUCCUGGCGCCGCACUGCCGCGCGUACGCGCUCAACCCGGUGAAGAUGCCGGGACGCGGGUUCGUCUUCGUGCGGCUCUCGGAGAGGACGCCGGCGACGACCGCGGACGCGGACGCGGCGCCGCCGCCGCCGUCUGAGGCGGUCUCCGCGAUCGUCCGCGACGUCGUGCGCGCGGUCGCCGCCGCCGGGAGCGCGGGCAAGCCGCGGUGGGUCGAGAAGAUGGCGCCAGUCCAGUUCACGUGCGACGCCGGCGACGUCGCCGCACGCGUCGCGGCGCGCGCGGACGGAUGGCACGCGCUCGCGGCGGCGGAGGCGAAGGCGAGGGGGGACGGGAAGAAGGUGAAUUUCGCGGUGGUGUACCGCAACAGGUUCAGGAGCGACGCUUUCGCGAGCGGCGGCGGCGGGAAGGGCGCGGCGGAGAAGGAGAAGGAGAAGGACGCCGACGCCGCCGACGCCGACGCCGACGCCGACGCCGACGCGAAAAAAACAAACCUCAAUCCGUUCUCGCGAGCGCUCGUGCUUCCCGCGGUCGCGGCCGCGGUGCAGGACGCGCUGCGCGGGGCAAACGACGGAGGCGCGGACGCGUCGUCGUUCGAGAUCGGCGUGGACUUGCGCGACCCGGACGUCGUCGUCUUCGUCGAGGUGUUAUCCGUCCCGGACGCGGGGGGCGCCGGCGCGCCGAGCGGAAGGUUCGCGCGUCGACUCGCCGUGGGCGUCGCGUCGAAGUCUUCCGGGACGUUCGCCGCGAAGAAGAAAGGGAUCGAAGCGGCGUCGUUGAAAGGGUUAUCGUAG